GGGCGGGUGAAGCUGCCCCUCAGAGGGGAGGAAGGGCCCUCUCUUCCUCCUGCCUGCCAGGCCCCCCGAGUGCAGGUCCCUGAGGGCCAGGAAUAAUGCGAGAGCCCGCGAGGACCAGCCUCUGUGUCCAGACAGCCCCCGCGGCUCCAUCCUCUGGGCUCGGGUAGCCCGGCCAGAGGGCAAGAGUGCACGCAAGCCCCCGCCGGCGUCCCCGCCGCUGUCUCACUGGAUGGGAAGGUGGACACCUCACACCUCAGCUCUCCCAAUUACUCCCUCCUCCCCUCCUUUUCCCCCUCCUCCCCCCUUUCAUUUCUCCUUCUCCUCCUCCCCUCUCUCUCCUCCUCUCCCCCCUGAAAACCUGUGGCUAGAAGAGACCUUGGCUUCUCUGGGACUCUACCCCUGGGGACUGCCCACAUCUGCUCCUGAGUUUGGGGGCAGGGGGGAGAUCUCUCCAGCGAUGGGAGCCACCCGCCUGCUGCCAAACCUCACUCUGUGCUUGCAGCUAUUGAUUCUCUGCUGUCAAACUCAGGGGGAGAAUCACCCGUCUCCUAAUUUUAACCAGUACGUGAGGGACCAGGGCGCCAUGACCGACCAGCUGAGCAGGCGGCAGAUCCGAGAGUACCAGCUCUACAGCCGGACCAGCGGCAAGCACGUGCAGGUCACCGGGCGCCGCGUCUCCGCCACUGCUGAGGACGGCAACAAGUUCGCCAAGCUCAUAGUGGAGACCGACACGUUUGGCAGCCGGGUGCGCAUCAAGGGGGCAGAGAGCAAGAAAUACAUCUGUAUGAACAAGAGGGGCAAGCUCAUCGGGAAGCCCAGCGGGAAGAGCAAAGACUGUGUGUUCACGGAGAUUGUGCUGGAGAACAACUACACGGCCUUCCAGAACGCCCGGCACGAGGGCUGGUUCAUGGCCUUCACACGGCAGGGGCGGCCCCGCCAGGCCUCCCGGAGCCGCCAGAACCAGCGAGAGGCUCACUUCAUCAAGCGCCUCUACCAGGGCCAGCUGCCCUUCCCCAACCACGCCGAGAGGCAGAAGCAGUUUGAGUUUGUGGGCUCAGCCCCAACCCGCCGGACGAAGCGCACUCGGCGGCCCCAGCCCCUCACGUAGUCGGGGAGGCAGAGGGCAGCUGCCCUCUCCAGCCUUCCCAUCCUUUUCCCUUCCUAAUCCAAAGACGGGGCUGGGGUGGAGGGAGGGGAACCAGAUCCUCCGAGGAGGACCACCGAGUCCCCAAGCCUCCUGCUGGAAAGGGGCAGGACUGCCACAAUCUAGGGGCUGGCUCCAUAGGGUAGUUACCCAUGACCCUUCCCGGGGUGGGGCAGACCCCCAGAGAGGAACUGUAGUGUUACCCUGGAUAAAACACCAGCCUCCCAGCCCCGGGUCCCAGGAGCAAGUGGAAACCUCAGUGAAUUCAAGGCCUUGCAGAUGCAGUCUGGAGUUGGCUCGCCUCAGAUUCUGCUCCCCAUGUCCCUCAGUCUGCCCCCAGACCCCAAAUUGCUCCUGGCCAGACUGUAGGAAGGAACUUUGUUUCUGUUUCAGGAAAAAAGAAAGAGGUGGGGAAAAGAGGGUUGCCAUUCUUCACAUUCCACUACCCAGGCCUGCACCCCCACCCCCAACUCCCAGCCCCAGAAUAAAACCAUU